CGCGCUCGGUACGUCGCUCCAGACUUCGGCCUACUUCGGUGCAGUUCGGCCCCUGCCUUCGGCCCGCGUCUUUCCGUUCGAGCCGGCCAAUCGCGGCGCCACUUUCCGCUGGGCCGCGGCCGAUGGGGUGCGCGCGUCUCCGAGUGGUCGCUGCGACAUACGAAGAUGGUUCCAUGAUCACGGGAGUAAUUCUCGGUUUCACCAAGUCAACCAGCUUCAACUUCGAGCUUUUCAUCGGCUCCAUUAACUCCUACCACCCACCAGCACAGUGAUGCGCCUAUCGGAAGAAAAAUAACCAAACAUCGCAUGAACUUCGACCGAGUCAGCCGAGUUUAACCUCCAGCCAUUAAUUCGAUUAAUUCCGGAUAUUAAUUUCCGUAGCGACGAGUCUGGGAAAUUAAAUUAACCAGCACGACCAUGGCAAUUAAUUUGGUUUACUCGGACUCGACUCAGCCGCUAUGUGUAUGAUCUUGCCGAGGAUGUGGGCGGUUAAAACGUGAGAAAAAAGGAAGAGCGGAGCAGGUAGCAAUUUAUUAGCCAGAUUCGCGUCGCGGAUAAGCCCCGAAUGUGCUUCUUCGUGUGUUAAGAGUUUCUCACGAGGCGGAACUUCGAAGGGAGGUCCGAGAUCGAAGGGACCGAGGUCUCUCGUGAUUUCACGUGAUGUCUCCCCGGGAUACCGAGGUAUUCUCCUCGAGUUCCGUCACGCGAACUCCGGCGCACCUCAGGGACCUCCAGGAGAGCGGGCGAAACGGAUCCGUCAAUCCGGCCGACACCUCGAGGAACGAAAUCGGAGCAGCGAGCGCAGUUUCGUGUCGCCUGUGAUUUCCGUACGUUCGUUCAGCUCGACGAAUAGCUGCGCCGAGGAAACGCUGGAUGUGUGGUCUCCAGAUCGUAGGAGCUCUGGUCAAAGGAAUUAACUCUGGGCUGGCGGUAAUUUUUAAUUCCGGAUUAAGUGUACACUUAAGUGGAUUUUAUCUCAAAGAACGACGGGAGAGACAAAGAAUUCCCCAUUUGAAAUUUCAAAGAAACGAGGAAUUCGUUCUUUGUAAUUUUAGGAAAAAAAGAAUUCGUUUGUAAUACCCGCCCUCUUGAUUUUGGGUGUCAUUUUUACUCCCACUCGAAGAGUGCCCACGCUAUUAGCGAGUCACACCUUCGAGAACGCUGGAAAGCUGUGGAAAAAGUGUCCAUCAAUUCGGAUUAGACCCAACACCCCACCACGCGUGGAAAGUACAAUGCGAGCAGCUUAUCGCGUUCCACAUUGAGUUCCAUACACGUUUGUGCUCCUUGGACUGCUUCAUUAUGCAAAGGAGCUGCAAAGUCACGCCUCGCAUAAACAGUGCACUUUGUUUAAGGCAGGUAGCUCCUAGGGACUCGAUGGAUGCGGUUGGCAAAGGAUUCGUCAAUGCCGAUGCCUCUUGAACAGCUGACUCUCGCAGUGCAAGUACUUUGAAGAGCAACACCCAUGCGAGACGCCCAACGCGUGUGGAGGCACGUAUCUGAUGCCCACACCCGGAUUAUGGACGAUCUGGGAUCCAUAACAGAGUUUCCAGCACCUGAGCGUUACCGGUUGAAAUUGUAGGACCCCUACAUCUAUCAACCAACUCAAAGGCACUUAGCCAAAUUUCGUACCCGAUUUGCAGGAUAAAGGCAAGAUCCAAAUCCACCACGAAGAGACGUCCAUCGUUUCAGACAUUGACCAACUUGAGACGGUAAACGCAGGAUCUAAGUCCAUCACGAAGAGACAUCCAUCGUUUCAGACAUUGACCAACUUGAGACAGGGUGAACGCAAGAUCCAAACCCAUCACGAAGAGACAUCCAUCGUUUCAGACAUUGACCAACUUGAGACAGGGUAAAUGCAGGAUCUAAGUCCAUUACGAAGACACAUCCAUCGUUUCAGACAUUGACCAACUCCGGUCAGGGUGAACGCAGGAUCCAAACCCAUCACGAAGAGACAUCCAUCGUUCCAGACACUGACCAACUCGAGACAGGGUAAUCGUAGGAUCCAAACUCACUACUAAGAGGCGUCCAUCGUUCCAGGUAUCAACUAAUCCCUGACAGGGUAAACGCAAGACUCAAACCCACCACGAAGAGACGUCCAUCUGCUCGGACAUCGACCCAUUCAUCCUCGAUACUGGGUCGCGGUUGGUGUUGGGCUCUCAUCCGGUGCUGGGCUUUUGGACAUUUGGGAGGCAUUCCCACCACGAUCGGCCUGGUGCGGGGUUACGUUCCGUUCUUUAAAAUCCCGACGAACUCGGACUCGGUGAGCGGCGCUGUAUUUAUAGACCCGCAGGAGAGAGAGGAAACGUAGAUCCAAGGGAGAGAAAGAGAGCUCCAGAGCGAGCUUGCGAGGAGCAAGUGCGUCCACGUCGCGGCAAGCCAUCUCAGCGAUCGCAAGUCCGGGACGAGACGGGACGCGAUCAUGACGCGAUGGGUCCUCGACAAGAGCGAGCCUCCUCGUCGAAUCUCCACCUCGCCAAGCGAAGAUUCACCCAACAGGAUUGGGGACACCCGAGGAUGAUCCUGGACCCGGUGAAAGUCCUUCGGUGCUCCGGGGUUCUUCUACUCCUGCCGAUGAUUGGCGCCGAUCACUUCCCGGGAAAUAACAGAAAUAACAGCCUCCUGGAGAACGACCCGACUUGGAUGGGCUCGAGUAGGCGAGACAUUAUCCCCGAUGGCGACAUACCAAAGAGUAAAUCUCCGAAAUCCUUCAAUUUCACUGACUGGAGCGAGUGGUCGGUCUGCGAUCGACAUUGCACCCAAAACCGAGUCAGAAGGUGUCGGACCAAGGCAAGAUGUGGAAACACGGUGAUCAGGGAGGAGCGCAGCUGCCAUCACAAAAGAAAAGGACGACGAAGGAGCUGCAGACAGCGCCAGGGCCGCGGAGGUCGCCGGAACGACGAGAAAUUCCACGUCGUCCAGAUCCCGAAGGAGGCGGAACCUAGACAAGGCAGGAGAAGAGGUAAAGGACCAGGCAAAGGAUCCAGAGAAAAGUCCAGCAGUAAUUACGGAAAAUGGAGCAAAUGGUCGCCUUGCACCAGAUCUUGUACUACGCAGAGACACAGGUGGUGCCGCAGGCCAGGGAUUUGCGGGAGAGAUGUGAUCCGAGAAAGCGCUUAUUGUUACGUGGAAGGCAGUUUUUGUCAGCGAUGGAUCCAUCGGCGCAUCCGAGGCAGCCAGGAGGAAGAAAACGAUGACCUGGACCUGGAGGAGUUCGAGCUGAACCCGAACACGGUGGAGAGUCUGAGCAACGCGAAGGACGAUCACAGCUGGAAAUGUGGAGUGGCGAACGCAGGAAAAAAUUCAAGGCUUUCCUACUUCACCAGGAUCAUCGGUGGUCGUCCAACCGUCCCUGGAAGCUGGCCCUGGCAAGUGGCAGUGCUGAACAGAUUUCGAGAAGCCUUCUGCGGAGGAACCUUGGUCUCUCCUCGAUGGGUCCUCACCGCAGCCCACUGCAUCAGGAAGCGUCUUUACGUCAGGAUCGGAGAACACGACCUCACCGUGAAAGAGGGCACUGAAUUAGAACUCAGGGUGGACGCUGUCAUGAUACAUCCUGACUACGAUGCCGACACCGUCGACAAUGACGUUGCUCUUCUUCGUCUUCCCGUCACUUUGACUCCUGCUGCUACGAGGGGGGUUGCAUGUCUGCCGGCACCUAGACAAUCCUUGCCAACGAAUCAGCUGUGCACUAUCAUAGGCUGGGGAAAGUCCAGGGCGACCGACGACUUCGGCACUGAUGUUCUCCACGAAGCAAAGAUACCGAUUGUUUCGGCGGAGACUUGUCGAGAAGUCUACGUGGACUAUAGGAUCACUGAUAACAUGUUCUGCGCUGGUUAUCGUCGAGGUAGGAUGGACUCCUGCGCAGGAGACAGUGGAGGUCCUUUGCUCUGUAGGGACCCUCGAAGACCCGAUCAUCCUUGGACCAUUUUUGGCAUCACUAGCUUCGGCGAGGGGUGCGGAAAGCGGGGAAAAUUCGGUAUCUACGCGAGACUGACCAAUUACGUUAGGUGGAUCGCUGAAGUUAUCAAGCAAACAGAUGCUUUUACAUAAAUUUCUUUUAAUACACUCGUAGGGAUCUUAAUUCUAUCCGGAGGAUUAUCGUUAAGGUCCCGGAGAGGACGUAAUUAACGAGAGCGUUAUGUGAUUUAAAAAGGACUCAAGGGUGGGCUAGGAAAUUCCCUCGAGUUUUUUUCUUAGGUUUAUCAAACCUUUCGAUUUCAUCGCGAAAGGAAGUUAGGUUGGACGCUUACGUGGUUCCCUUCGAUAGUACUUUUAUUCACCUCCGACCACCGCUUUCCUCAUCUGGUCGCUUUGCCUUUUCUUAUCGUAUUAUAGAUUAUUAAACUACAUUACUCAAUAAACUAGACGAAUCGGUGGAUAUUUAGAUACUUAUUUUUUAGUGCUUGCAACAAUUAUGGACUGUGAGAGGGAGGGCUAGUAUUAACAGGCAGUGGAUGCGUUAAUACUUAAACAUGGCCGAUAAUAUUAAUUACAAAUUAUCGUGAAAUAAGUAUACGCGGUAUUUCAAGAGUUCUCAUAGAAAUUUUGAAAAACUGAUUUAUGUGAGGAAAAAUACAUUUCGAAUACUAGUGAUAAUUCCUUGGCCUUCCGAGUGACUGUAUACUUUUUCACACGUUUAGAAUAAAAUGCACCAUUAGUA